UGUCACAGGAAAUUUUCAGUGCAAAAAUUUAGGUUUUCUUUAUAUGAAAUUAUUCAAACAAUGAAUAAGUUUCAACGUAGGUUAUAUAGAUAUCCAAAAAAGGAUUAUAAAUGCAAAGAACAUGAAGUUGAGGAGGUCUUUCCUCCAAAAAAGCCAAGAAACAUUUUCAAUAGUGAGAAACCUAUGACAAAUCGUUGCUGUAGUGUGGCACCAGAUUUGGUUGAUGCAACAGAGCAGUGUGUGGAGGAAGCCGAUGAUGAUCUGUAUCAAAAUCUUCUGAUUGAACAAUACGGCUUCGAUCCUCGAAAUCUAAGUACCAUAGACCAGCUAAAAGAAAUAAAGAAGUUGAUCUGUGGAGAAACGCCAAAAGUUGAAACUGCUUCCCAAUAUAACCCGAUUGAGAACCAGAAGCUUUCUUUUAUGGAAGCUGAAUGUGGUUUUAAAUGGCAAGAUAUCGAUAACACUGAAGACAUAGAUAAUUUUUUUGUUACUGAGAGAAAUGAGACAUAUUCAAGCGAUGAAGUAAAAAUAAGCGAAGUUCCAAAAGUAAAAGUAAUAGCAGAAAAAUUCAUGAAGUAUAAAAAAGAUAACAUAGAAGUCAGAAGGCUUGAAGAGAAAGUAGUUUGUGUGGAAUACGACGUUUAUAAGAAACAUACAAAUAUUGGCGAGCUAACUUCUGAACCCAUACAAAAAUUACGAACGUAUUAUUCUGUUAGGCCCGUUGAGGCUCAAGAUGCAUGUAUUCCGUCCUCUGUGAGAUUUAAAUACAAGAUUGCUAGUGAAGAUUUAAAGAAUUUAACAGAUAAAGAAGUUGAAAUAAUUGACGGCAAGAUGCCCGAAAAUCAGCCUUAUUUAGAUGAUUUAAGAAAAGUUCUUAAACGAAAAGAGGCACAUGAAAAGAAAAACAAAACUGUACUAGACCUAAUGUCGUUAUAUAAAUUGGCAAAGAGAAAUUUGGCUUUUGACGAUGACUUCAUAUCUAAAGUGGAAUUGGAGGAAAUCAAAGAGCUGAUUACGAAGAAUUGCGCCUCAAGCAUUCAUGGCAUAAGUCGAAGGACAAUUAAAAGUGAGAAAGAUGACUCGAAAAGAGCGAAAACAAUUUGUGCUGUUUCGGAAAGUAUUUUUACGGAAAUACUACGGAAUGCUGAAGAUAAAAUAUCAAAGAAAUUGAAUAUUUUAUAACUUAAAAAUCAUUGUUUAAGUCUCCACAAUGUUCUUUACAUCCUCAAUGUUUUAAAGAAAAUACAAUUAUUUAACAAAAGUUUAUUUAACUGUAACACUGUAAAAAAUAUUUACUUUAUUUACUAA